ACUUAAAAUCUUUUUCCUUACUUGUGAAAAAACAAAAUGUCAAAGUCAAACUCAGCUGAUGGGUUGAUGUUGCGUUUCAUGCGUGCGUUGUAUUGUGCAAGUCUUUAUUUAUUUUAAAGUAUUUUUUUGCAGUUUAUUAUGAAUAUUUAUUGAGUUGUUAUUAAAUUAAACAGCGCAGAACUUAUAAUGGCGUCUCGAUUCAGUGGUGCUCUUCAAUUGACGGACCUGGACGACUUUAUUACGCCAUCGCAGGAAUGCAUCAAACCUGUUAAAAUAGAGAAAACGAAAACUAAAACUGGCGCAAAGAUAAAGAUUGGUGAGGAUGGCUAUUUUGAUAUAUCUGGUGGUAAAGAACAGAAGCUGCAAAAAGUUGAAAUCACAUUAGCAGAUUGCCUUGCGUGCAGUGGUUGCAUCACUUCUGCAGAGAGUGUACUCGUCACACGACAGAGUCAGGAAGAACUACUCAGAGUGUUUAAAGAGAGGAAGUAUACAAAUAACAAGGGAAUAACAAAGGAUGUCAGUUUGAUUGUCAUAUCACUCUCACCGCAGCCAGUGCUCUCCCUUGCGGUUCGCUACAAUUUAAGUGCUGAAGAAGCUACCAAGAAACUUGCAGGAUACUUCAAAAGUUUAGGGGCUGAUAUGGUGUUAGAUAUGACUAUAGCUGAAGAUCUGUCGCUUUUAGAGGCACAACAAGAAUUUCUAGAGCGUUAUCAAAAUCAACAGAAUGACCCUACAUCAAAGAACUUACCAAUGCUCUCCAGCUCUUGUCCAGAAUCCUUCGAAAAACUGAUACCAACACCACAUCGAACAGGUUGGGUGUGCUACGCUGAAAAGACGCACGGCUCGUUCAUUCUCCCGCAUAUAUCGUCGACGAAGUCCCCGCAGCAGAUCAUGGGGUCGCUGGUGAAGCAGCUGCUGCCUGAGGACCGGGGGCUGAGCCCUGGAGAGGUGUACCACGUCACUUUCAUGCCCUGCUACGACAAGAAGCUCGAGGCGUCCAGGGAGGAUUUCUAUAGCGACAUACUGAAUUGCCACGACGUCGAUUGUGUGAUUACUGCCAUUGAGCUAGAGCAGAUGUUGGAUAACAGCAGCAUGUCACUCUCCGAUGCAACCGCAGGCGAGCUGGAGUGGCCUUGGGGCGGAGAGGAACAGGUGCCUACCAUCACGCGGCACAUUGGGUCGGGCUCGGGAGGAUAUGCUGACUCCAUAUUCCUGCACGCCGCCGAACAACUAUUCGGCGAAAGCAACGCGCAGCUGGUCUAUAGAAACCUAAGAGGCGUGACGAAGCAACAUGCAGGCCGGGAAGGUGAGGAUGGCUGGUGUGGUGUGGCAGGUAGAACUGCUGUAUCAGCUAUCUUCUCGUCUGGACUUCACCUUCACUUAACAUUAGGUGGGGUGGAGUCAUUUCUCGGACCUAUGUAUAAAAAAAAGCAUUUUUGCAAUCCAGCAAGUCAUCAGUGUAUUCAGUCACAUGUUUUUGUACCAUACAGAAAUCCUGACUUCAGAGAGGUGACACUAGAAAAAGACGGCAAGGAAGUCUUAAAAUUCGCGAUCGCGAAUGGCUUCAGGAAUAUACAGAAUCUCGUGCAGAAGUUGAAGCGCGGCAAAUCGCCCUACCAUUAUGUAGAGGUCAUGGCGUGUCCUUCGGGUUGUCUGAACGGCGGUGCCCUAGUCCGCAGUGCGAGUAGCGAGGGGGGGCGGGAGUUGGUACGAGCCCUGGAGGCUGAGUACGGCCGGUUACCGCUCGCGUCGCCGCCACGCGCCGCCCGCCGCCUGCUGGCGCGCCGGCUACACGCCGACCGCGCGCGAGCCACACUACACACGCACUACCACGCGCUCGAGCGGUCCGACGUCGCGCUCAACAUCAAGUGGUGACCUGCUCGCUAUAAGCACGCUGCAGGCGCAGUACGGCCGGUUACCGCGUGCGAGCCACACUACACACGCACUACCACGCGCUCGAGCGGUCCGACGUCGCGCUCAACAUCAAGUGGUGACCUGCUCGCUAUAAGCACGCUGCAGGCGCAGUACGGCCGGUUGUAUUUAAAAAAAUGAUAACGAAAUUCCGCACUCGACGAAUCGGUCGUAAAUAACAUGCAAGUUAGAUAGUCCUGAACAUGUUGUGUUCGAUCUGUAACACUGUAGGAAGGCCAAUGGGGGAAGAUCUUCCUCCGAGCUGGGUGAUGGUAGCUCAGGGGCCGCGGCUGAUAUUGGUCGGGCAUCGUAUAUAUGAACUGUUGGCUACCGAAUUUUACUUGCGCGAUGUAGGCUUUCCUUACGUUGUGAACGCAGCGCCGGUACUGCCAUCUCUUGAGGAUGCGUAAGAUUGUUUCCUCCAUGUUAGUUAUAUGUGGGGCGUGUAGAUGUCGCCGCCACAACACCUCACACAUAAGCAUUAUUAAAAUUAAGGGAAAUUAUGGUGUUUGUUAAGUAAAAUAUAAAGUAAAACGCUGAACAUAACUAUAUUAAUCAAUAAUAAUAACUUCAGUAGGCACUUAACUCGAAACCGCCGCUACUGCCGAAUGUGUAACGUGAUGUAACUUUUUAUUUCCCGCUAGUAGCUUUUAUUCCAAUAAUUUUGUAAAUUAAGCAUAGGUGAAUGUUUGUCGUCUAGUAUAAGAAAAAAGUGUGUUAAACACACGUGCGCUGAAUAGAUAUACAAUUAUACAUAUUAUGUACAGUAAACCGUACCUUAAGCACGAACAACUAGCGAGGAAGUAUUCGUAUCGCCAUCAUCAAAGUGUCUAUGGAAGGUGCAAGUUUGUUCUUACGUCCGCUAGGGACGCUGCACAGUUUCCAUAGAGACUUUGACGAUGGCGAUAGGUACUAAUACUUUCUCGGUAGUUGUUCACGCUUGGGGUUUUGUUAAAAUUCAUUGAAUUAUUUAAAUGUUUUUAUAUGAAUUUUACGUUAUUGUAGUUUUCUAUUUGUAUUAAGAGGUCGUGAAAUUUUUAGGCCAUCCUUAACUAACUAGCUAGCGAAGGUGAAACUUGUAUAAGGUGAAUGUAAAUACACAACAAUAAAAUUGUUUUCUCUUA